AUGAUCAAACACAUCAAAGACCAUAUUACUACGACUUGGCAUGAUCCACGUCAAGCGCCUCAAUCAUCUCAAUCAUCUCAAUCAUCUCAAUCAAGAGAUGUCAACCAGACGUCAUCUCAACAAAGUGAAAAAAGUAGUGUCAACUUUCCUGACCCUAGUCAUUAUCAAGAUACAAAUUCUUCACCUCUUCCCAGCUAUCAACAAUCUCAGCAGCAACAACAAUCUGCGGAGCAGAAAGUGCAACGAUAUAAUAAAGCUCCCCAACCCACAACAACUGUUAUCCAAGAAGCUCCUCAACCCACAACAACUAUUAUCCAAGAAGCUCCUCAACCCACAACAACUAUUAUCCAAGAAGCUCCUCAACCCACAACAACAAUUGUCCAUCAGGCUCCUCAACCUGCGGCGACAAUUGUUCAUCAGGCUCCUCAACCCGCAACGACAAUCGUCCAUCAAGCUCCUCAACCCGCAACAACUAUUGUCCAUCAGGCUCAACCUACAUACAUCCAUCAUCAACCUUAUGUUCAAGAUCCUAUAUCUAAAUUUUUUAGUGAUGCUGGAAAAGCGAUGUCUGAUGUCACAAGAUCAAUUACAACUCCACAGUAUUAUCCACAAUAUGGUCAAACAAUUGUAACCCAAACUCAACCCGCAACUCAAAUUGUUACCACUCAUUCUCAACCCGCAACUCAAAUUGUUACCACUCAUUCUCAACCCGCAACUCAAAUUGUUACCACUCAUUCUCAACCUACAACUCAAAUUGUUCACAGAUAUUAA